AUGUCAACCUCUUCCAACAUUCUGCAAAUUCUCUUUCUCUAUGCCGCCCAUUGCCUUAUACCCGUGGCCCUCCUAAUCGCAACACCAAAGCAGUCUGCUCUUCGGUAUCUGUCGAUUCCAUGCUCUAUCUUCAUUGUAUAUCGAGCUAUACCGGUGGCCACAGCGCUAGGUCCGGGAUUUGUAUGGUGUGAACUCGCUCGCCUAUUUGUGACCAUCAUCUUCCAAUGCCUGAACCUGCUACUCAUCAACCCCAAAGAUAGCAAUGAUUUGUCUUCUGGAGCUGGCCAGGGCUUUGUGGCUCAAAUUUACGCCGCAGCUCGGCUCUUCACUGAUCCUCGUGGGAUCAACACGCCCUGGCAAAUAAAAAAUGCCCCACCACAGCCAGCGUAUUAUAAACGACGUGGUAUGAACACGCCUCCUCGGGGUUGCUUUUUGGUUCGCCAGAUAGCCAUUGCUGUUUGGCAAUAUCUAGCUCUGGAUGUCUUUGCUACUCUUGCGUUGCAACAGGCAUUGGAGCAAGAGAAAAGUGGAAUGUUGCCGCCAGUCCCUCAGUGGGAUAUAACAACCGAACAAUGGAUUGAACGCAUCAUCUCAAACCUCACGGCUGGAUUUGUGGUUAGCCGGAUUCUUAUCGACUUCCACCAUCGUGUUUUUUCGAUUAUUGCCGUAGGACUUGGACUCGAUUCGCCUGCGAAUUGCCCUCCGUUGUUCGGAAGAGCGCUGGAUGCCGAUACAGUACGGGGCUUCUGGGGGAAAUUCUGGCACCAAUUGUUGCAAAAUCCCCUGACAUCUGUCAGCGCCUUCAUCACUCGGGACAUAUUAGGUCUUACCCGAAGGUCGUUGAUAGCACGGUAUAUGAAUGUUUUGAUUGUUUUCUCCUGUUCGGGCGGCCUGCAUCUCGUCCUUGAUAUUGUCCAAGGAAUCCCAGCGCAGGAAUCCGGCGCCAUGUUAUUCUUCAUCACGGCCCCUCUAGGUCUCAUGAUCGAAGAUAGCGUCAAAGCACUUUGGAAAUCUUUUUGUGGACCAAGUCAAAAAAUCCCUAAACCGCUGUGGCAAAGGGCUCUUGGCCUAACGUGGUCUAUGGCAUGGCUGGGUGUCACAUCAACUGGGUUCUUUUAUCCACAGAUGCUGAGGCCACAAAACCAAGCUCUGGUUCCUUUUUCUGUGGCAGAUCGUAUUGGACUGCCUAUACAGGCAGGGAUUCUUUUGGUUGGUGGUGCCGUGCUAGCGAAGGUGUUUGAGGUUGAAGUGUGA